AUGCCUUCAGUUAUGUGUUGAGGAGCAUAGAACACGAAUUACAUGCACCUAUAAGAUCUACGGCAGUAACUCCGACAGUAAAACUUGCUGCUACUCUAAAAUUUCUGGGACAAGGGGGCUAUCAGCACCAAAUAGGGCAAGACCGUUUCGCAGGAUUAGCGCAAUCCACGACUUCUAAAUGUAUCACGGAAGUAGUUAAUGCGAUUGAAAAAACUUUAUGUCCGAGGCACAUAAAAUUUGAAAUGACCGUGCAAGAAAAGCGUGAAUCCAAAAACCAUUUCUACUCAAAAUUUGGAUUACCAGGAAUAAUAGGUGCUGUUGAUGGAACCCAUAUCCCAUAUGGUUAGGCCGGUAAAGGAUGAACAUCUGUUCUUUAACCGGAAGCUAAAGCAUAGCAUCAAUGCAAUGGUGAUUUGUGAUCACAAGAUGUACAUAAGAGCUGUGAAUGGAGUCUAUGGUGGAGCGGCUCAUGAUUCUCAUGUAUGGAGCUUGUCAAACGAACGACAAUAUAUAAAAGCCCAAUACCAAAAUGGAGACAAAUCAUCUUGGAUAAUUGGUGAUUCUGGAUAUCCAUUAGAGCCAUGGCUCCUCACACCUUACCGUAACGCAGAAGAAAAUUCUCCAGAAAUGGUAUAUAAUGAAAGGUUUACCAAAGCGCGAUCGAUAAUAGAACGAGUGUUUGGAAUUUUAAAAGAUCGCUUUCGUUGCCUACUUGCUGAAAGAGAGCUUCAUUAUACACCCGAAAAAGUAGUAAAAAUUUUAAAUGCUUGUUGUGCACUGCGUAACAUUUGCCUUACAUAUAAUGUUGAACCACCAACUGUUAUUGAGAGCGAUGAAGAAGGCUCAAAUUUAGCUUUAUCGACCAACUCCGAUAUAGAAGAGAACGAUUUUUUACGUAUUGCACAAACAGUACGAGACCGAAUUAAAAAUAGCUUGGUUUCCUAAUUUAAAUUUCGUAAAUAUGUGUAGUAAAUCAAUGCAAUUAAAGAACUUUUCACAAC